AUGAGAGAUGAGAAGUAUCCGACACAACCCCCGCAGCAGUCACAAUUGCAUCAGCCAUUGGUAUCACAUCUUCAAAACGCUACUACUACCAAGUUCCCUGAGAUACCACUGCCAACAUUUUCGGGAAAUGCAAAAGAUUGGCCUAGUUUUAGCGACACAUUUACGAGGAUAAUUCACCAAAAUCCAGAGUUGAAUUCUAUUCAGCGGUUUCAUUAUCUUCGAACAGCGGUGCAAGUUGACCAACAUAGAGAUAUUUUGGAAUUGCCACUUUCGGAAGCGAACUACCCAAUCGCUUGGGACAUGCUUAAAGAAAGGUAUGACAACCCACGGAUAGUCUUCGCGGAACGAGUAGAAGAGUUUAUUGCAAUUCUAUUCAUGGCAAAGGAAAACUCAACCGAAAUGAGGCAUUUACAAACUAUGUUAAAGGGCUGCGCAACAGAUUUUCUUCGCCUCAAUGUUACUCAUAUCAACGAUCUACUCACUCAUUUUGCGGUAAAGAAAUGUGCUCCGGAGACGCUGGAAGCUUGGGAGCACUAUUUAGCGUCUAAAACAACGGUACCCCCGUACUCAGAUUUCGAUACGUUUUUUAGCAACCGCUUGAUCAGUGUAACGAACAUCGAGAGAAGCAGACAAAUAGUACAACAAACUUGUCCCCAAGAAAACGUGAAGACGAAACAUUCCACGGACCUCAAACCCAAAUCGGUACAGUCAAAACCUCAUUUGCAACGCAAGUACUACCAUGUUUCCACAUCCACGUCAUCAACUAAAGAAAGGUGUUUCAUACCAGAAUGCAAAGGACCACAUCACAUUAGAUCCUGCCCGGACUCUCUAACGCGUGAUUGUUUUGCUAAGGAAACAGUCGCCGAUCAACUUCGUCUGUGCAUAAACUGUCUAGGUAACACUCACUUCGUAUCAAAGUGUCCAAGUAAAGCAAACUGCAAAACCUGUGGUAAACGCCAUCACACUUUACCACAUUUCACCUUCAGCGGUAUUUCAGCAGCGGCUAGACAAGCAGAGCCUCUGUCAACAUCGUCAGCGCAAGCAUUAUCUACAUUCGAAGCAUCACAAGUUCGAACAUACACUGCUAGCUUCUUACCAGAGAGAACAACGCAGUAG